UUUUCUCAACCACACUGAAAACAGUUUCACUUCAUAUUUGGCUUCAUUAUCAGCUUCUAAAGAGAACUGUGAGCACCCUGCGGAGCCAGACUCAGGACAAGCAACGCAGCAAGAGGCAAGAAUUUAUCCGUUGUCUGCAGCUUAGGAGACAGGUUGACAGGCUGCCAUGGCAUCUAAAUCCAACAUGAUGGCCCCCGUUUGCCUGGUGGAAAACAACAAUGAGCAUCUGUCAGUGAAUCAGGAAGCUCUAGAGUUUCUUGACCAGAUUUCUCAGCCAGUGGUGGUCGUGGCCAUUGCAGGACCGUAUCGUACAGGAAAAUCCUACUUGAUGAACCAGCUUGCAGGACAGAAUCACGGCUUCCCUCUGGGUUCUACGGUGCAGUCUGAAACCAAGGGCAUCUGGAUGUGGUGUGUGCCUCACCCCUCUAAGCCUGAUUGCACUCUGGUCCUUCUAGACACCGAGGGCCUGGGCGAUGUGGAAAAGGGUGACCCUAAGGAUGACUUGUGGAUCUUUGCCCUGGCCGUGCUUCUGAGCAGCAUGUUUGUCUACAACAGCCUGAGUACCAUCAACCACCAGGCCCUGGAGCAGCUGCAUUAUGUGACUGAGCUGACAGAACUCAUCAGGGCAAAGUCCUCCCUUACACCAGAUGGAAUAGAAGAUUCAGCAGAGUUUGUGAGUUUUUUUCCAGACUUUAUCUGGGCCGUACGAGAUUUCUCCCUGGAGCUGGAGUUAAAUGGUCUCCCUAUCACAGAAGAUGAAUACCUGGAGAAUUCCUUGAAGCUGAUUCCAGGCAUGAAUCACAAAGCUCAAAUAUCUAAUCUCCCCAGAGAAUGCAUCCGGAAUUUCUUUCCAAGACGGAAGUGUUUUGUCUUUGACCGGCCAACAAAUGACAAAAAACUUCUAGCCAAUAUUGAGAAGGUUGCAGACAACCAACUGGAUCCUAACUUCAAGGAAGAAACAAAGAACUUCUGUUCUUACAUCUUCACCCAAGCGAGGACCAAGACACUCAGGGAGGGAAUCAUGAUCAAUGGGAAACGUCUAAAAACUCUGGUUGAGACUUAUGUCACUGCCAUCAACAAUGGAUUAGUGCCUUGUUUGGAGAAUGCAAUGACAACUCUCGCCCAAAUUGAGAACUCUAGGGCCAUUCAGAAGGCAGCCGACCACUAUAGCAAGCAGAUGGCCCAGAGAGUGAGUUUCCCCACAGACACCCUGCAGGAGCUGCUGGACCUGCAUGCAGCCUGUGAGAGAGAAGCCAUUGCAAUCUUCAUGGAGAACUCCUUCAAGGAUGAAAACCAGGUGUUCCUGAAGGAUCUUGUGAAAAUCAUAAAAGAUAAGCAGAAUGAGUUCUUGCUGCAGAAUGAAGAUGCAUCUGUUAAAUACUGUCAGGAUACACUUAAGCAGCUUUCCAAGCCCCUAAUGGAAGGUAUUUCAGCAGGCAUGUUCUCUGUUCCUGGUGGUCACAAGCUCUACAUGGAAACAAAGGGAAAGAUUGAACAGGACUACUGCCAAGUGUCCAAGAAAGGAGUGAAGGCAAAUGAAGUUCUCUAUAGGUUCCUGCAGUCACUGGCAGCAACAGAGAAUUCCAUUUUGCAGGCAGACAAAGCACUCACAGAUGGGGAGAAGGCCAUAGCAGUGGAGCAGGCCAAGAAGGAGGCAGCUGAGAAGGAACAGGAGCUAAAGAAACAAGAACUACAGGAGCAGGAGCAGCAAAUGGAGGCACAUAGGAGGAGUCGUGAGGAAAAUAUAUUGCAACUGACAGAGAAGAUAGAGAAGGAAAAUGAGAUUAUAAUAAGAGAGCAGAAUAUGAUGUUGGAGCAUAAAUUGAAAGUUCAAGAAGAUUUGCUUAGAGAAGGAUUUAAAAAGAAAUCUGAAGAUAUGAAUGUAGAGAUCAAUCAUUUGAGAAAUAUAAUUGAUAGUAGUAAAAGUGACAAUAGUCCCUAUAUUACAAAAAUCAUGGAUAGACUUGCCAGUGAGAUUGAUUCAAUAUUUUGUACAUCUGGUAAAUUUUUUGGUAAUGUUUUGAGAAGGUUUGGCUCAUUGUUUAAAGAUCAAUAGUUAUUUGGAAUACAGUACAGAAUAUGGUUAUAUGUUAUGGCUUGUUUUUGGUUUGUAUUCUUUUUCUUUUCAUUCAUCUAAGUCUUUAACAUGAAAAGUGCCUACUAAAGAAUAUCAAUGUCUUGCCCUUAUUAGAUAGGAUAAAUGUUCAUAUGCUUUGAUAUAGCAUGUUUACUUAAUGAAACAUAUAUGUUUAAAUAAAUAUACUUACAAUUAAUCAAGUUAUCACUUUAAAUGGCAAAAGAUUGGAAACUCUAAUAAAUUCAUCUAUAUGAAUUGGUAAUAUAAAUUUAACCUUUGCAAAUGGUGGAUUAUUAUGCAGUCAGUAAAUAGAGAAUUCAGCUCUAUUUUUAUAAAUAUUUAACAAUCUUGAAAAUACAUUGUAAAAUGA